AUGGGUGUCCCAGUAAGACUGACCAAUGUAUCUGUCCCUAACGGUGGUCUCCAUUCACAUGACAUGAGAGUGCUUCAGCUUCUGCGCAUGAUCUGCAAUGGAACACUGGCUGCAAACACAGGACUGUCCACCGUGACAUACAUCCCUGGAGAGUUGUUGACUGGGCACUUCUCAGCUGAAGAUGGGAGAUUAGGGUAUGUUGCAAUAUCCACAUACAAAUUCUUGUGUCUGAUUCCAUACAUUUUCUUACAGAACUAGUUGAGAAAAUUUGUUUAAUGAUCACUGAAUUUUUAACUCUCAUAACUUUCUUGCUUGAUAUGUAUUGGUAUGGUUAGGAGAAAAUUGAUGUUGGUCAUUAUACAUGUAAAAAGAAAGUAGCAGCUGCAAUGACAUGUUUAAACUCAGGUGUUACAGACACGGAGGGAAAGGGGUACAGCUGUGUCUGAAAAGCAGAUUACUCUGUGAAUUGAAAAUGAAUUUUGCAGGUCAUUCUUUCUCAGUAAGGAUGUGACAAACAUUUUUACUGAUUAAUUGAACUGACAAUAAUUACAUUGUAUUACCAAUUACAUCCCUCAAAACUAAAAAUUUAAAAAUGUAGUCCUGACUAGCACAGCUACAAAAUCUGCCAGCCUGAGGCUACAGUGCGUAUGUGCACAUGUAUUCAUUUUGUAGCGAGGCCUUACACAUCUCUUCACAUUUUUACACCGCCAGUGUAAGACGAAAUUGAAAUGGACAGAGGGCCAAAACAUUGCAAUCUGUUCAAAACAUUUUAUUCAGAGACAUUUCUUGCAAUGGCCUUUGUUCGGUCGAGUCCUUCUUGUUUUAAUGAAAAAUGCACAUUCAAAAAAUGAACUUGCGUGAUGGUCGUCGCCUCGCGUGACAUCCAAGUUUAUGGCGACUACUGACGAUAUCGAUAAUUUGUUUGUUGUUUGUCUUUCUGUGACAAAAAGGGGGAUCUUUAAUGUUUGGUUAACAGCGUUAAUAUACAUAACGCUUCACAUGGGCCAAUCAUAGUCAAAUCUUACUGGUCGGCGGACUUCAACGUAUUUUCCGCAGAGUUUGCGUGAGGAUAAUCACGAUCCAGGUCACGAACAUUUCUGUGUGGAGAUAAAAGCAAUCAACAACGAUGGCGUCUGAUUCAGAAAAGAAUGCUAGCGUGAGAGAAGACCAGUUGCUCUUUAUGCGAGGUAUUGCAGCAGGCACCGUGUUUUUGUUGCUGGUAGCUCUUUUAUCCGUCUACGGUCCUAUACCAAGACCCAAGAGCCAUGUGUUUUCGGGUUAAAACCGGAGGUUGCUUUUCUCGAGAUUCUCAGCGUAUCACUCAGAAAUGACCACAAACACAGAUCAAGUUAAAAGGCCUUUAAUUUAUUUUACAGAAUGACAUCAAAUAUAUAGAAACUGACAAAAGCUGGACAUUUGUUUAUGAAAUAGGCCACUGUCGGUAUAUCCAUUGACGUCAUGUCCUGAGAACACGAAGAAGAAGAGUGAUGACUUUCGUUUCCUCUGGUUUUCUUGGCCUGGUCGUGAAUUUGGAUAAUAGCACGAUAUAUCAAAAUGACCCCUUUCAUACCGAAGCCCCUACAAUAUUUUAUCUUACCCCUGCCAUCAUUAUAUCUGCUUCAUUUUAUCAUCAUUAUAAAGUGAAGAAAUAUUGUUAUGUCAGUAUUGUGUUAAAUGAAUAAAUGUAGUUGCAAAAAUUAAGUUCUUGCUACAACCAUUGAAACGUUCUUGCUGGUGCUGACUUCGUUCCUGGUGUAUGAUCCAUUAAGUAAAAGAAGUAUAGAAAUGAUGCAGAUCGAGGAGGGAUAUCGGAUGAACGCCUAG